AUGGAGAAUGUGUGUGACCAGUGCGCUAAGCCGGCACAAGCCGAUGGGGAUAAUAUUCGAUGCAUGGGUUUCUGCAACCAAAUCGCCCAUGUUAUGGGUGCCAAAAUGAACUCGUCCUUUUUGAAAAUUCUUCGCGAAAGGAAAAAUCUUAUCUGGAUGUGCGACGAGUGUGUAAAGCUCAUGAAAAUGACUCGCUUCAAGGAAGCUAUGUCAUCUGUUAGCUGUGCCGUUUCAUCAACCCAUGAUCGACACGCCGAAGCUCUUAGCGAAUUGAAACAGGCAAUUAAAGCCAAUGGUGAACACGUGGAAAAACUUUCCAAGAAGGUCAUUGAAACUGCAUCCACACCACUUUCUUCAAGAAAUGAAGCUAGAGAGCCUCCAAAAAAACGUCGCCGCGAGGAACUCACGAAAACGAUUCCACCACUUCUAGUCGGAACGAAGUCAUCUUCUUCACAGACGAUAAUGACAGUCUCAUCUCCAAAGGAACUUUUCUGGUUAUAUUUGUCGAGAAUUCAUCCCAGUGUCAAAACUGAAGCUAUUGUCGAGCUCGCUAAAGAGAGUCUACAGUGCAACGAGCCAAUUAAAGUAAUUCCUUUGUUGAAAAGGAACGCCGACUUGAGCACGAUGAACUUCAUAUCCUUCAAAGUUGGAAUGGACAAAAAAUACCGCGAUAUCGCGCUUGACGUGGAAACCUGGCCACGUGGCGUUGUGUUCCGGGAGUUCGACGGCACUAAUGCAAAAAACUUCUGGGCACCACAAAUUCAAGAAAAGACACCGAAUGCUCCCCGCAUAGAGGUAACCCCAACAAGCGAUCUCUUGCCCCCCAGCACGGAAGUAGGCUCUUCGCAAAUGGAAACCUCGUAG